CAGCUGCUAAAUCUUCAUUGAAUAUUUUGAACGCCUCAAAGGUCUGACAUCGAGAUGUUGUCGAGGUAUGUGGUCAAAGUUGCCCUCGUCACGUUCGUACUCUGCGUCUGUGGGAUUUUGGUGAUGGAAUCAUCUACUCCGGGGCUGUGGGGACACGAAAGUCCAAGACUUCAGGCUGAUGUAGACAGAGCCGUGCUGAAGGCGGAGGAGUUCCGGCAACAGAGGAACCAGCUGUCUUCAAUACUGAAUGGAGUCAAGCUAGACUUAGCUCUCAUCAGUUGUCAGAUGGUAGAGCUAAACCAACUCCACAACAAGACGUCGCCCGGAGUUUCAGCAACAGGCGGUUGGUGCAAACACAACAGUGCGUCUAGUACCGGAGAACACAAGUUUGAUGAAACCCUCGCAGAAGAACUGUCCCUAUUGUUUUACAAUCAAUCAGUUGCUAGUUUCGGAGAUGGUCCGGGGACCUACAAAAGGUAUAUAGACUCCACCCAUCGCGUGCAUACCUACGAUGCGUUUGAUGGGGCUCCUUAUGGAAGAGAAGUCAGUGGCGGUGUGGUUCGUUUCUUAGAUCUGACGGCGCCGCAGUAUGGACUUCCGCUGUAUGACUGGGUCAUGAGUCUGGAGGUCGCCGAACACAUCCCGUCCAAAUAUGAGACCAUCUACAUUGACAAUGUUGUGAGACACGCCAAGGUUGGAAUUGUGUUGAGCUGGGCCGUACCGGGACAAGAGGGCUUGGCCCACGUCAACAACAGACCGUUGGCGUAUGUACGACGUAUCCUACUGGAGAACGGAUUUGAACCAGAUAUGGAAGCGAGUACCGUUUUGCAGAAAAAGGCAACAUUAACAUGGUUUAAAGAAAAUGUGUAUGUCUACAGAAGACUGAAAGGCAGCACAGUGUCCGACACGAACGCAUAGCUACAAUGAUUUGCCUGGUAACCUUGUCUUGAUCCUGGUUCAUCUAUUAUGUACACCCGGCCCCCUGAUGAGGAUGUCGGCAAGAAAAUAAAUGAUCACAUAAUAUAAUAUACUUAACUUGUGUAAAAAUAAAUACAAUAAUUAUUUACCUCAGCUAUGAUAUAAUUUAUGAAAAAAACAAUAGUAUCAAUGAACACGUGAUGGAAUUAGGGGCUUACAAUUUUGAAAUUACAAUUUAACAAAGUAUUAGAUACAGGUAUUUUCCCUUCUUCGUGGAACUUAGGUAUGAUUAUCCCGUUAUACAAAUCUGGAAAAAAGGCGGACCCAAAUAAUC